AUGGCCUCCAAAUGCAUAGAUAAUUGUGUAAACAUCGAAAGCGACGUCCACUCCCUCCAGAAGGUGACGAUUUACACCAACCUCCACAAGUGGCCGAUGGCAGAGGUGGAGUUUGUCAAGUCAAUAAGCCACGGCAAUAGCCAGCAUCGUACACUGGUGAUGAACAACAUAACUUGUAGGCAAAUGUACCUCAGAAGCUACACUUUCACUAGAAAAGAAAAUGAAGAAGAAGGUGGUCGAGGGGGCGGUAAGACCGGUGACCAGUUGAACAGAGGAGAGAAAAAGAAGUCUGCAGAGACAACGAAGAGAGGUAGAAGGAAAAAGAGCAAAGCAACGCCGUGUAGGGCAUUUGUUUUGAGUCUCAGUUUGUUUAUGUAUGAACUGGAGAAAGAAAUAGUGGUUCAAGACAUGGCCGUGGUGAAGAAAGAAAUGAUUCAGUGUAACCGGAACAAUACUGCUGGAAGAUGA